AUGCUUCAAGCACGAAUGGAUGGGCGGGUCAAUAUAAUCGAAAGAAGUAGAACAGGAUCAUCGGAUAAUUAUCUGUUUUCCACGAGAUCGGACCACACUUCGGAUAUUGAACGCAGUGGCGGCAUUUUCGUUGCUAUUGAUAAGCAAGUUACGAGUAAGCCCGAAUGUGUAACGCAACACACGAUGCGAACGAGCCCUUCGUUGGCGACAUACUGCGAGGAUCGUGAACAUAGCUCUAUUGAGCUGUCGGAUUCCAGAAAAGGAGCUUCCAUCGUGUAA